GCCGGGCUGGCGCUGGCCCCGCCCCCGCGGCCUCUCUGCGGCGCCGGAAGCGGCGCGGCGCGGCGGUGCUGAGGAGCUGUGGGGCGGAGGCGGCAGGGCCGAGUCGUGUCGUGCCUAGGCCCGGCCCCGGCCCAGCCCCGGCCCAGUCCGGCGGCCGCCGCCCCGCUGCCCCGCCUCGGCCUCCCCGCGCGGACCCAGGGAGCCCUGAUGGAUGCGAGAGCGGAGCAGAGCCCGUCCUGACCCCUGCCCCACGUGGCUGCCCCUGUGCCAGGCCCUGUGACUAUGGACGAGUGGAAACCCAACCCCGUUGUCAAACCCCACAAGAAGCGGAGCUGGUACCUUGCCUGGAAGUACAAGCUGAUGAACCAGCGUGCGCUGCGGAAGCUAUGCCAGACAGGUGCUGUCCUGUUCCUGCUUGUGACUGUGAUUGUGAACAUCAAGCUGAUCUUGGACACCAGGAGAGCUGCUUAUGAGGAGGAAGAGGAGUCCACACAGGACUAUGAUGAUGAUAUGCUGAACGUGGAGGUCCCUAAGCACCCUGCCAGCACCAGGAAGGUCUUGGAUGUUGAGGUGUACUCCAGCCGAUCGAAGGUCUAUGUGGCUGUGGAUGGGACGACGGUCUUGGAAGAUGAGUCUCGGGAUCAGGGAAGAGGGAUCCAUGUCAUUGUCUUAAAUCAAGCUACGGGUCAUGUGAUGGCCAAGAGGGUGUUUGACACCUAUUCUCCCCAUGAGGAUGAAGCCAUGGUACUCUUCCUCAACAUGGUUGCCCGGGGCCGGAUCCUGAUCUUCACCAUUAAGGACGAAGGCUCCUUCCACCUCAAGGACACAGCUAAGAACCUUCUGAAAAGCCUGGGGAGCCAAGUUGCACCAUUCCUAAGCUGGAGAGACAUGUGGACGUUUGUGGGGAAGAAGGGGGGGGAGGUGUACGGUGAGAAGCACGCAAAGUCACCCGCCCUCUCAACGUGGGGUGACCCCGUACUGCUGAAGACAGAAGUCCACCUGAUGUCCGUGGAAGACGCUGAGUGCAAUUGGCCCGACACAGAGCUGAACCACCGCCGGAGGAGGUUCUGCAGCAAAGUAGAAGGUUAUGGCAGCGUCUGCAGCUGCAAAGACCCCACACCCAUCGAGUUCAACCCUGAUCCUCUCAAAGACAAUAAAGUCUUCAAUGUGCCUGUAGCUGUUAUUGCAGGGAACCGGCCCAACUACUUGUACAGGAUGCUGCGCUCCUUGCUGUCAGCUCAGGGAGUCAAUCCUGAGAUGAUCACAGUCUUCGUUGACGGGUACUAUGAGGAGCCAAUGGAUGUUGUGGAGCUGUUUGGCCUUGCUGGAAUCCAGCACACUCCCAUCAGCAUUAAAAAUGCCAGAGUUUCCCAGCACUACAAAGCCAGUCUGACGGCAACCUUCAACCUGCAUCCGGAAGCCAAAUUUGCUGUGGUUCUGGAGGAAGACCUUGACAUCUCCGUUGACUUCUUCAGCUUUCUGAGCCAGUCGAUCUACCUGCUGGAGGAGGACGAGAGCCUGUACUGCAUCUCUGCUUGGAACGACCAGGGCUAUGAGCACACAGCUGAGGACCCCUCACUCCUGUACCGUGUGGAGACCAUGCCAGGCCUGGGCUGGGUGCUCCGGAAAAGCUUGUACAAGGAAGAGCUGGAGCCAAAGUGGCCAACCCCAGAGAAGCUCUGGGACUGGGACAUGUGGAUGCGGAUGCCUGAGCAGCGGAAGGGCCGGGAGUGCAUCAUCCCUGACAUCUCACGCUCCUACCACUUUGGCAUCGUAGGGCUCAACAUGAACGGCUACUUUCACGAAGCCUAUUUCAAAAAGCACAAGUUCAACACAGUCCCGAAUGUCCAGCUUAAAAAUGUGGAGAGCUUGAAGAAGGAUGCCUACGAAAUUGAAAUUCAUCGGCUCCUUGGCGAGGCUGAGGUCUUGGACCACAGCAAGAACCCCUGUGAGGACUCCUUUGUGCCUGACACUGAGGGCAAGGUCUACGUCAUGUUCAUCAGGAUGGAGCAGGAAGCCGAUUUUACCACCUGGACUCAGCUUGCCAAGUGCCUCCACAUCUGGGACCUGGAUGUCCGUGGGAAUCACAAGGGGCUGUGGAGGCUUUUCCGCAAGAAGAACCACUUCCUCGUGGUGGGGGUCCCUGCCUCCCCCUACUCGUCCAAGAAGCCCUCAUCUGUGACACCAAUCUACAUGGAGCCCCCUGCCAAGGAGGAGGGGGCAGUGGCAGUGCCAGCGGUCCCUGCAGCAGAGCAGACAUGAGACCGGCAGCUGCGGGGGACAGGAGAGGGCAGAGACCAAGUCAGCAGCUGCCCUCAGGCUGGUGACCAGACGUGGACUCCCGUUUCAGGCUGCAAAAUGAGAUCUUGGGCUCCCUCCAUCCCCCUGCUGUGGUCCCCCUCUUCCUGGAAUGGGGUCCUUCCCUGUAGAUCUGCUACCCCCACGUCACAGGAACCUUUUUAACACAGACUCUUUACUAAUGCUGCUCCCUUCUCUCCCAACCUGGGCUGACUGGGCAAGGCUGGAGGAAGAGGAUGCUCAGUCUUGGGCUGGAGGGGGGCCUGUAGAAAUGCCCAUGGCUCCCUCUUCUGCCCCCAGGUCCUGAGAAGGGCAGCAUGCUCUUGUAGGAGGUGCUGCAGCCUACCAGCUGGGUUUUAUUUAUUAACUCUUGCCUGGCUGGCUUUGUGCCCAGCGCAGUGGUGAAGGGGGAAAUCUUCCAGCAUCUCUUCUCUCUCCUGCACCAUGGAUGCACCUUGAAGACAGCAGUGGAUUGGAUAUCUCCCUGCAUCCUGGCUCAUUGCUUGGGCCAUGGGCACCAGUGCAGCCCAGCUUGUAGGCAAAAGGGAAUGCUGCAGAAGAGCUCAUCUUGCUGCGGACGUGUAGGGGACACCCCAUCCCCAGCACAAGGGCCAUCGAGGGGACCCCUCUCCCCUCAGCUCUGGGAGCCAGAGAUGACCGUGGAUGGAGCAGGACCAGGUUGUGUGCUGCAGCUCAGGCCAUCCUCACCCACUUCCCUUGCUGGGAGCAGCCCUGCCCCUUGGGCAGUGGGUGAGGGGGGUGAAAGUGCCUUGUGGAGCAAGAUCAGAGCAGUGAACGGCAACCCCCACUUCUGCUGUCACCAGUUGUGGAGGCAGGACAGACCUGAACCCUCCAGCAGCCAAUACUGGAGUUGAGCGAUGCUGCCCUGGUAUGGUCCUUGCUGUGGUACUGUACCCAUCCCACUUUCCUGGCCAGGUACCCCAAGCUCUUGCUCAAGGCAAGGGUUUCCGUUCUCCUGAAUCUCCUGCUUACUGUGGUACUUUUCCCGCAGGGAAGCUGCGGGCUGAGCUGGGAUGGGCAGCCUGGCUUGCCUGGCAUGGUACAACUCUGUGCAGAGGGAGAGAGGGUCCCUGUCCCCCCUGCCUGCCUUAGGAAGGACCCUAGGGCCCCCUCCCACUCCCAGCCACCUGGUGCUAGUUCCCCCUGACCAGGGGCAGUCCUCAUCCCCUCACUCAAUGCCUUCCCUGUCUUAUCCAUGCAACAAGAGUCCAGUUCUCUGCCCAGAUCCCCUGUGCUCAGCUUGCUGCCCAGCAAGGGCUUUGCUGCCCAGCCCUUUCUCUGUGGUCACAGGGAGGGUAGGUGAGAGCUAGGCCCCAGGCUGCAGCACCAAUUGGGGCAGGUGCUCUUGCCCUUGGUUUUCUCACUGAGAACUGAGCAUCAGGUCCCCUGGGAGCGCCCACCCCAGCACCUACUGGGAUCUACACUACACUAACUUAUUUAUUUAUUGUUUGUGGGAAGGGGGGGAUAGCAGGAAAGUAGCAUGGAGAGCUGGAAGCCCCUAGCCUCCAAGGACACAGUCCUGGGCGAUUUCUCUUUUGAGCCCCCAGCUCCAUCCUCUAUUCCCUUCCUUCCUUUCUCCCUCCUUUGCCCAGCAGAGGAAAAUGAUUGUGAACCCAGCAAACCUACUCCUCUCUGGUCAAGAUAACCCCCACAUGAGCACGGCUCAGCUUUAGUGUGAGAACAAGGGCUCUGACCCUUGGAGUCCCUUGUAUGUCCACCCCAUCAGCUUAGGGGACAAAGCACCUGGGUGUGCGGUGCCUGUACGGCAGCAGGGAUGGGACAGGCCCCUGCCUGCACCCUGCUCAUCCUGGGUGCAGGAGGGGGGUGAGAGGUGACACAAGUGCCCUGACAGUGCAGGGUGGCACCAUCAAGACUUUUUGGUACCAGCCCUAGAGCUUGGGUUCAGCACUGCCCUGCUGCACUCCCCACAGCCUCACCUCUUCUCUGGGGCUUGAGUACAGCAGCCCCAAGCUGGUGGAUGUCUGGGCUGCUCUCCUGCAGCCUUAGCUGGCUCUUAGGGGUUUUAAAAAGGUCCUUUAAAUGCUGUGAGAUAGGGACUUGGCUUCCCUUCCCCUCUACCCAGCACCAGGGCUGGCUGCUUGUGCCUCAAGUCCUGCUUUGGAAAAACCUCCAUGGCUCUCCACCAUGGUGGUUUUCUUGGCAUCUCAGUUCUCAAGGUCACGUUUCCCUUCUUCCUUAAGUUAACUCCCUCACUUCUUGUCCCCCUAGGAGAGGUUCAGGCCUGCUGUGAGAUCCUUUUUAGUUGGAGGGGUGAGGGGUGCAGUCCUGCAGACAGGGAAAUGGCUAGACGUGAGUUGCCCUCUUCCCCUGUCCUGUUGUGCUGCUCCCUGUCCUGCAGAGCCCCAGGGACUAUGGCCCAUCGCUUUCGGUGACAGCAGGAUUCGACUUGCAAGCUUUGACCCCCUUCUUCUCUCCCUCUCUGUACACUGAGACAGGCAUGCUGGGUGAUGUUUUCCGUCCGUCUCUCCCCGUUCCUCUCGCAAGGCUCCAGUUUGGUGGUCAGCGAGCUGAGGGUUCGGGGACCCACUACGCCAUGGUAUGGCUGGGAGCAAGGGCAACCCCAGGGCUUGCCGCUUUCUCAACUGAAUUAUUUUUUCAAGAAUAAAUAUUGCAAAGCUGUCAA